AUGGCUACAAGUGGUGGAGAAGAAGCGAUAGCACAGCGUAUUUUACGCCUUACAGACAUUGUCCAGGAGCCACUUCGAUUUAUCGCGCCCAUUGGUGGCUACGAAGAAAUGCCAAUUGUUACGCUUGAAAAAGCUGUCGAACCGCUUGUUCCUAUCCUACCAGCGGUUCAAAGCCAUGCAUAUGUUGCCAAACAAAUAUGUGAGAACCCUGCCGAUGGAUUGACACAAGAUGAAUCGGCCUCAAUUAUGCUAUAUACAAUGGGAUGGGAGCCACUCGAUAAAUGCCUAUAUGUUGUUUUGAAUGAUACAUUACGAUCAUCUGAACGACAACAAAAACUUAAACCAUGGUAUUUGUUUAUGAGACUCUUUCUUAGUGCACUUUUUCGUCUUCCACCGCUUCCAAAAGUAGCAUACAGAGGUGUUAAAUUAGACUUGAGCGAGCGUUACGUUGAAGGAAAAACAAUCGUCUGGUGGGGUUUUUCAUCUUGCACAACAGCUGUUGGUGUUCUAAAAUCAGAACAAUUUUUGGGAACGGCAGGUGACAGAACAAUGUUUACCUUACAAUGUCAAUCAGCUAGAGAUAUUCGCAAGCAUUCGUAUUAUACAGCUGAAGAUGAAGUACUUUUAAUGGCUGGUACUCAAUUCAAAGUAAUGGGUUGUCUUGAUCAAGGAAACCUUCACAUUGUUCAAUUGGAAGAAACUCGUCCGCCAUUCCCACUAUUACAACCAGUACUAAUUGUUAUUCCAAAACCGAUCAGUUCAACUCCCUCAAAAGCCUCGAUAACGACUGCUGUUGUAACAACCGAAGCAAAAAAACAGACACAGUCCAGCAAAUCUCAAAAGGAUACAACUGCAGUAGCCGCCACUGCCAGUGCCAUUAACGUUGGUACCAACUCCAUCAUGAAACAAAUAUCUACCAUGGAAAUCAAAGCAUCGCCAAAUAAAGUUUAUAAAAUUCUAUGGCAUUUUGUAUUAAUUUCAUCAGUUCGAUUAACAUAA